AUGGCUCCGAAGAUCACGUCGCAGGAUGCAGGGGCUAGAGUACCGCUUCCAGGGCAAAUCAUCAGCGUCAUGUUGUCCUUGGCAGCGACGACUGUUCUUACGCUUUUCUUAACACAGAGAGUUCUCGUGAUUAAAGCCUGGAGCCGAUUGCCACCUGUGGUUUGGUUGGUAUUUGCCAUAUAUAUCGACUCGUACCUUUUCGUCAUCGCCACGGCCGUUCUGCAGCACUCACUCGGGGUCAACUCGAGUUAUGGGAUUUGCGAAGCCGCUAUUUUCCUAUGUCUCGUGUGCUAUGUUACUACCAAGUUCAUUUACUUAUUUCUCGCAGAAAAGGCUUGGAUCAUUCGCGGUGCAACGACACCACGCCUAAAGUCCAUAUUAUACCUGGUGAAUUCGCUGGGCAUGCUCACCAUAUAUAUAGCAGUGGUCAUCCUAAAUUUCGUCUUUCGCAUCACAGAGAUGCGCGGCGGGGAAUGCAUAAUCGGCAUGCGAAGUGCCGCCAUGAUCCCCCUUAUCUCCUUUGACACGGUGAUUAACGUGUACCUCACGAUCAUGUUUCUUAUACCGCUGAAGAAGCUCUACUCUUAUACCAACAUGGCUCGAACGCGGGCCAAUAUUCGUCUUCGCAUGGUGGCAUUCAGAACCUUUUGCGGAGCAGUUUGCACGCUUGUGAGCAGCAUUGUCAAUCUGUCUGUCUUAAUGGCCCUUAAUGGUGAGCCGGGAUGGGUCUGCUUGAUGUGUUGCAAUUGUGACAUCCUCUUCUCGGCGAUCGUCAUUCAAUGGGUCACAUCCAGGGACAACGCCGGGACGAUGAGCAGCUCCUCUUCUGAUGAAGCUCGACGAUCGCGAGAUCUCGGUUCUGGGAUGAAUCGCAUAUCCACUCCAAGCGAGCUCCAUGAGACGCCAUCAUCCACUCUUGCCGACAUCUCGCUCGUGCCAACCAGGCGUCGAUCCCGCGGAGCCGAUGAUGUUGAUCCUCAUGACCACGACACCCCUGACACCAGCGCCGCCAAGGUUAUUAGCAAGCCCGCCAGUGCCGUCAUGGUGACUACGACGAUUGAGAGCGUGCGGGCGCGGGUGCCUGAUGACUCGGAGGUCGUGCUUGGCGGACGAUAG